UGUAUUAAUCUCUGCAAUAGCAAGCUCCUGCUAUGGAUGGAAGGAUUUCAAUAUGCAUCAUCUUCGUUUGCUAUGCUCAUCUGUUUGAAGGGUCUACUUCUCCUGGAGACACCACGAAAGCUCAUAGCAAUCCCUUAACAGAGCCAACGGAGCCUCCCUCCCAGAAUCCAACAUAUUCAAGCAUCUUGGAAGAUGAGGCUGACAAUCAGGAAAAUAUCUUGUCACAGUUACUGGGGGACUAUGACAAGGUGAAGGCCAUAUCAGAGGGAACUAACUGCAAGUGCAAAUGUGUAGUGAAACCGUUGAAUAGAGACUCAUGUGAAAGAGCCAGAAAUAGCCACUUACCAGCAGAUGACUACUAUACAGUGGAAACCAUCACAUCAGGACCAGACUGCAAGUGUGCUUGUGUUGCACCACCAUCUGCGCUAAACCCUUGUGAGGGUGAUUUCCGCCUGAAGAAACUUAGAGAAACAGAGAAUAAUGACUUUAAGCUUUCGACCAUUAUAGAAAUGUUGGAAGGAGCUUUUUACGGAUUAGAUCUCUUGAAGUUGCACACAGUUACAACCAAAAUUGUUGGCCGUGUUGAGAAGCUUGAAGAGGUGAUUUCAAAGAAUCUCACCAAAGAACAAGAGCAAAUCAAAGAUAGUGUGGAUGAAAUACUGACUGAGAUGAAUAAAAAAGAAAAGAAUUGCACAAAAACAUCCAAUGAUAACCUUUCUGAUCUGGGCAAGAUCUUGCAGAGAGAUGCAGCGGCAGCCUACGCUCAUAAACAUGACAAAUAUGAGGAAAGAUUUUUGAAAGAUGAGCAAUUAAAAACAGAGAGCACAAAGCCAAGAGCCUAUGCACCACCACAGCAAGUAAAGAGGAGGCCACUUUCGCAUAGACAGUUUGAGGUGAGGCCAAAGCCUGCUCCAAACCCAUCUGUCAUUCGGGGACUCACAUUUUACAAGGCCAAAGUCCCUGAAGAUGACCUAGAAGAACAGCAUGAUGACUUUUUCAGUGGAGAUAAUGCAAUAGAUAUGCUGAUUGAAGACCAACUGAUAAAACACAAAUUCCAGAAUCCUAGCACUACUGAAGAACCAAUUCCAUCAACAAUGCCUUUCACGUCAAAUGACGUUAUAACAGAUACCCAAACAUCUAUACCUGCACUUUCAAGCUUAGGAGCCACAAUCCCUGAAUCAAUUCCUAGCUCAGUAUCUACCAUAACAUCUGAUGUGCUGACAGAUGCUACAGAAAAAAUAAUUACAUCACAAGUUACUACAGAAGAAGCGACAACUACCCAAAUGCCAACAACUACUACGACACUGGUCACAACAACAGGUUCCACUGAGACACUAACAGGGGCCUCAUCUACUACGAAGGCAACCACUACUGCAUCUGUUAACACAGACACUGUCAAUCCAAUGAAGUCACAUGCUCCCACAACAAGUUUAAAGCUUCAGAAACCAACUAGAGCAACGCCAAAUUCUGAUGACAACAAAGAAGAUGAAGAUGAUGUCCGAAAAGUUAUUGGGCGAUGCAAAGAUACUCUGUCUACUAUUUCUGGACCCACAACCCAAAACACCUAUGGACGUAAUGAAGGAGCAUGGAUGAAGGAUCCGCUAGCAAAGGAUGACAAAAUUUAUGUUACCAACUACUACUAUGGUAACACUUUGGUGGAAUUUCGUAACUUGGACAGCUUUAAACAAGGUAGAUGGAGCAAUUCCUACAAGCUUCCAUACAGUUGGAUUGGCACUGGUCACGUGGUGUACAAUGGUUCUUUCUACUACAACAGGGCAUUCACCCGCAAUAUUAUUAAAUAUGAUUUGAAACACAGGUAUGUAGCAGCGUGGUCCCUGCUCCAUGAUGUGGUAUAUGAAGAGGCUACUCCAUGGCGAUGGAGAGGACAUUCAGACAUAGACUUUGCUGUUGAUGAAAAUGGAUUGUGGGUAAUUUACCCAGCUAUCGAUGAUGAAGGAUUCCAACAAGAAGUGAUUGUUCUUAGUAAACUGAACUCGGUGGACCUCACCACACAAAAAGAGACAACGUGGCGAACCGGUCUAAGAAAGGAUUUUUUUGGCAACUGCUUUGUCAUCUGUGGGGUACUUUAUGCAGUAGACAGCUACAAUAAAAGGAAUGCUAACAUAUCAUAUGCUUUUGAUACACAUACAAACACUCAAAUUGUUCCAAGAUUGCUUUUUGAGAAUGAAUACUCCUAUACCACUCAAAUAGAUUACAACCCAAAGGAUCGUUUACUCUACGCCUGGGAUAAUGGACAUCAGGUUACCUACUAUGUGAUCUUUGCUUAUUGAGCAGAAAAAGUCAGACCUUUGCCAGCAGCAUAAAGGGCAUUGCAGUGUCUAUGUAGCCUGUACUUUAAAGACACAAACUUGAAUUUUCUUAUCUGGAUAUUUCAAUCAAGAACAUCUAAAAUUAGUACAUUUUUAUAUCAUCACAUUCCGAAAAUAAAGGGAUUUUGUAUUUAAAUGCAAAUGUGGUCAUGCAAAAGUGGAAUGAUCUUUGAAACUCUCAUUGCACUUUAUGCAUGGGUAUCAACAAGGUGAGCAAAGGGAGGAUUCUCACCACCACCUGAAAUCUACCCCCAAGGCCCCAACGCCCUGCAGUGCAAUUGGGAGUUCUGUCACUGAUCUAGAGUCUGUAAUAUAAUAACUGCCCCAUGGUAUGCAAUGCUGUGUUACUCUGGAUGUGAUGUUAUAUCCCCGAGCUUAGCAGUAAGGACAGCAGCCAUGGAGGUGAGCCCCAGGGGUAUAUACAUGGUUGAUUCCAAAGAAUAA